AAUACAGAUAAAACAUUUCGUGGUGGAAGCCGACUCGAAGCUAAAGAAGACUUUCGGGUGAGGCUCGACUUGUCGCCAGCUUAAGAACGCUUACGCCACUAUGCAGAAGGGGAAAGCUGCAACUUCAUCGCCUACCACAGUUAGGGGACCAUCACAGCAAAAUGCUCGUGAGCUGCCUUCGUCACAGCCAAGACCUGACGAUUUCAUUCAAAGACAACAACAGACUUUCCCGGCUGAUAAGGGGCAAAUUCCUAGUCCACUGCAGAUGCAGUACAGACCUCAGCAACCCACAUCAGGGGCAUUUACUCCUGUAUCAGGCCCUUCCCAGGGUCCUGGCCAUUUUUUUUUUACUCCUCAACAAACAGGAUAUCCAAUGGGACAGCCGCCAGGUCCUUUGUAUAUUCUUAGGGCCCCUGCAGCUCCUAUGAAUACAAUACAGCAGUACAGUCCUAGUCAAAAUUUUGAGCCACGUGCACGGGAGAGGAAAUUAAUUCGAAUAAAAGAUCCAAAUAGUAACAAAGAUGUGACACAGGAAAUUCUUAAGCCUCAACCAUCAGGAAGUGUAUCAGGAAGUGCAUCAGGAAGUACUGGGGGUACACCAACAAACACCCCAGAUGUAUCAGGACAGUCCAGUCGUUCAAGUACACCUCCACUAUCAUCACAGCAACAAGAUAGGCAAGCACAGUUUGCAGCGCAGGUAGCUGCAACUUUAACUAGUGACACAGAUAAAAACUUUGAGCUAACCCUGGAGGGAUCUGUAGGAGAAGAAAUUAUGCCAAAAGCUCCUCAAUCAGAGAGUGCGGAAGUAGAGGAGAGGGUCAAUGGGCAUGAGACUGAGGCUAAAACCGCAAGUGUUACAAAGAACUCUACUGAUGUUCAAGGAGCAGAGAAAGACAUGAAAAAGAAAAAACAGAACAAAUGUCUGAAGGACAUGGUGAAACAGUUCUCAGAGAAGGGAGUGGAUCUUAUGGGUGCUUAUACAGAGAAGCCUGUUGAGGAGGUAAGUACAGCAUAUAUAUUUAUAAUUCAGGUGAAUUAGAAAAUGUUAACUCGUGCAUUCUUCUUAGAGGAGGCAGGUAAAUGUUUUCUUGUAAGAAAAUGAGUGACACUGCCUUUUUAAAUAAAUGCAGUUGUGAGUAAGAUUAACUGACUCUAGUCUUUGUCUUUUGGAUAACUUGAUAUGUCAUCAUCCUCAGAGACCCAGGGGUGGGUGGAAGAGCCCCUGGGGACAUUGUCUUACAAGACUAGUUCCAAAUGGUUGCAGUCGUUCUGGCAUCUGAUUGGUGCCAGAAAAUCUUUGUGUUUUUCUGCCCAAUCUGAGUAAAGUAUGCUUUAGAGUCCUUUCGUGUGUUUUAAC